AAUGACAAGAGGGUGAGUAAAUGAUGACAGAAUUUUCAUUUUUGGAUCCCUUUAAGGUAAACUGUCAUAGUGUUAUAGCACACUUGCGUUGGUACAUGAAACAAUCAGAUUGUAGUAACCAACAGUAUAAGACGUCUCAUUGGCUUCUGUCACAUCAGAAUACGACACAAGCCUUGUGCAUCAGCUUCCAAAGCGACACUUCACAGUGGAAAUUCAUGCCACCGUGUAACUCCUGCCUGGCUGACCCCACAGCCGUGUGUGAAAUGUGACACGGCCCCUGGUUUCGUGAGGUGGUUUGACUGAGUCUGACUUAUGAGCUGUGUGGGGCAAACUAGGUAAGGGGUGGGGGUAGACUAGAGGAGGGGUAAAAUACAGUAUGGUGAGACAGCUCAUGUGUGAGAGAGAUAGACAGAACCCUUCUUUAGACAGGAGCUGGCCAGUGCAGCUGUCCCUAGCAUACCAGGCGUGUCAUCAGUCCAGUGAUUUGAGAAUUAAGAGGAGCUAGGGACUGCAGAGCCGCUCUCACAGCUUUCCUUUGGUUGGUUGACUUACGCUCCUUCCUUUAAAGCCUUCUGUAACAUUAUUCCCCAAAUCCAACUAGUUUUGGGCCGGGGGCCCCCAGAAUGGCGGACCAGUACAAUACCAACGAGGAGAAAAUCCUGAGAGACAGUCACACCAAAGAGAUCGACUUGAUCAACAGGGACCCCAAGCAGAUCAACGAAGAUGUUGUGAAGGUUGAUUUUGAGGAUGUGAUAGCCGAGCCGGAUGGCACCCACAGUAUGGAUGGAGUCUGGAAGGCCAGCUACACCACCUUUACCGUCUCCAAGUACUGGUGCUAUCGCAUACUAUCAGCUGUCUUCGGCAUCCCAGUGGCGCUGCUGUGGGGCUUUUGUUUCGCCUGCAUUUCCUUCUGCCACAUUUGGGCUGUCAUGCCCUGCAUCAAGAGCUAUCUGAUCGAGACCCAAUGCCUGAGCCGAAUUUAUGCUCUCUGCAUCCACACCUUCUGCGAUCCCUUGUUCGAAGCACUAGGGAAGAUUUUCAGCAGCGUUCGGGUGGCGUUACGCAAAGAGGUUUAGAUUUAUCAGAGCGAUGUCAAUGUUUACUUGUUUUGCCCUUGGCGGAAAAUGCUUUAUUUUACAAAGAUUUAAUUGUGGUUAAGGUGGUUAGGUUUUCAAGUCCAUUAAAACAGCUAGAAGGACUCUGGGGCAAGAUGAGUCAUUAUGAAAUGUAUACUGACCCCUGUCGAUAUGCAUGGUCAAACUACAAUAUUUUUUCUCAGUAUGUACCGGACUUUGGGAGCAAUUGAGGAGUAGUUCAGAGAGAUGCAUGUGAUGAAAUGACAUUCUCACUGCGAAUGGAGAAUAAGUCUUAUUAUCAAAAAUCAUAGGGAUUCUCUCUUUUGUCAGAUUUAAAAGGGAUGUUUCAGGUGUGAUAUUUUUAUCAUGGCAAUAUGUUUUGUCAAAUAUAUUGUGUACAACUGCUAAUUAAACAGGAUUUUAAACAUGAA